CUCACACGAGUGUAACUCUGAUUUCUCUCCUCUCUGCAUGCAUUUUCAUGAAUCAACGAACUCCAAAGACAACAUCUUUCUCUCGAAUUCUCGGUUUUCAUCGUAGCAAUGGCGAUUCUGAGAAAAACCCAUCUUCUUCUCGGCCUCAUCGCACUCCUAUUCCUCUCCAUCGCAUCUGCAGACGUUUUCUUCGAAGAACGAUUCGAUGAUGGAUGGGAAAUGCGGUGGGUGAAAUCUGAUUGGAAGAGACUCGCGAACAAAGCUGGGGAUUGGAAUCACACUGCUGGUAAAUGGAAUGGGGACCCUAACGACAAAGGUAUCCAAACCACUCAGCACUACAGGUACUAUGCGAUUUCAGCGGAGUUCCCUGAGUUCAGUAACAAGGGUAAGACCUUGGUUUUUCAGUUCUCAGUUAAACAUGAGCAAGAGCUUGAUUGUGGCGGUGGCUACAUGAAAUUGCUGAGUGGUGAAGUUAAUCAGAAGAAGUUUGGUGGUGAGACCCCCUAUAGUAUCAUGUUUGGGCCAGAUAUCUGUGCACCCACAACCAGAAAAGUCCAUGCCAUUUUUUCACGCGAUGGAAAGAACCACUUGAUAAAGAAGGAUGUUCCUUGUGAAAUAGAUCAACUGACUCAUGUUUACACUUUCAUCAUCCGGCCAGAUGCAACAUACAGCAUCCUUAUUGAUAAUAAUGAGAAAAUAUCUGGGAGUCUGUUCACGGAUUGGGACAUCCUCCCGCCAAAGAAAAUCGAGGAUCCUGAAGCCAAGAAGCCAGAAGAUUGGGAUGAUAAUGAGUACAUUCCUGAUCCUGAACAAAAGAAACCGCCGGGGUAUGAUGAGAUGCUUAAGGAGAUAAUUGAUGUUGGUGCCGAAAAGCCGGAAGAUUGGGACGAUGAAGAAGAUGGUAAAUGGCAAGCACCGAACAUCCCAAAUCCUCAAUACAGAGGACCAUGGAAACCAAAGAAUAUUAAGAACCCCAAUUAUAUGGGAAAAUGGCCGGCACCCAUGAUCGAUAAUCCAGAUUACAAGUACGAUCCAGAUAUAUAUGUUUACCACAAUUUGAAAUAUGUAGGCAUCGAACUGUGGCAGGUAAUAUCAGGAACCCUGUUUGACAACGUUUUAAUUUGUGAUGACCCGGAAUAUGCAAAGAAGCUAGCAGAAGAAACAUGGGGGAAAAACAAGGAUGCUGAGAAGGCAGCUUUUGAUGAAGCAGAAAAGAAGAGAGAAGAGGAGGAAGCUAAGGAUGGUGCCCUCUACUCGGAUGAUGAGGAAUAUGAUGGUACUUCUGUAGAAGAAGAUGUUUUUGUUAAAGAAGAUGUUUUUGUAAAAGAUGUGGAUGCAAAAGCAGAUGCAGAUGUGGAGGCAAAAGCAGAUGUAGACGUGCUGGCGGAGACAGAUGAUGAUGAUGAUGAUGAUAUAAAUGAUGAACUAUAGAGAGAGCCCCAUGUGAAUCACCAGCUGCAAUUUAAUUUAGAGGUAGGUUCUGAUGUUUAGGCAAUUCCAUUCUUUCUUUUUUUAAAGGGAUGUUUCUGACAUAAAAAAGUUAGCGAUGUGCAAUUCAUCAUCUCAUUUGAGCCUUAAACUGAAAGGAAAUGCUGAUGACAUUAGUUCAGGCAAGUAACUAGAAAUAACUAAUUUUACAAACAUGGCAAGGUUUUCUUGACAUUUUGAGAAAUUACCACUCACUGCCUUUCAGUAUCUUCAACAUGGUUGAUUCGAUGGGUAUGGGAUGAUCUGGAUCAUGUUUUUGUCUACAUUUGGAUCUGUAAGUGUUAUAAGAUCACCAUGAAAGAUAAAACCAGGACUACAUGAAGGAUUCCCAAUUCCCAAAAGCCCACUAAUUUGACUAUGCAUGACAGAGGGGAAGCAACAGAUGCUAAACCCACAAAAAUUCCAAAUCUCUCUCCUUUU